AUGGAGACAUCGGGGCUUGGCUUGUGCGAUGCCUCCUUGCCUCGCGAGACUGCCGCGGCCUUCGAGAAGUGGGCUGCCGAGAAGGUGCGCCAUCCCGCGCUCCCCGAGCUCGCGGCGAGCUUUCAACUGCGUCGAUCCGACUCGCUAGGGGUCCAUGCUGUGGCGAAGAGCGCCAUUGCCACGGGACAGGUGAUCAUCGCAGAGGAUGCGCUGAUACGCCUUCCCUCUCCGCGCGUGUCAAGCAGGAGCAUCCUCCAGCGUUACGGCGAGCUGGAGGGUUUCCUGACCCCUGCCAUCUGCGUGGACUGGAAGUCCACCUCCCAGGAGGCGAGAGAGGCCUGCCUCACGCUCUUCUACGCACACCCUGAGAUGGAAAGGAGAUCCUGCUCCGACAGCAUGCACAGCAGGGCGUGCGAAGACCUGCUCCAGAUGAGCCCGGAGCUCCGCUGUCUGGGCUGGAGCAGCACCCAGCUCCUCCGCUUCCUGCACAUCGUCGACCUCAAUAUUCACAAAGAUGACGAGAGGCCGGCGAACGACGAGUUUACGGGCAUCUUUGUCCUGGGCUCGAAGUUUUCGCACAGCUGCGAACCCAACUCUUCGUGGAACUUUAAUCGGGAGGGCCACCUUGAGUAUCGAGCCAUACGCCCCAUUCAUCCUGGCGAUGUGCUCACCUUCUCCUACGUGGGCAAUGGCAUGAACUUGAUCACGAGUUGCUUCGAGCGUCGGCGCCGCUUGGCGCAGCUUUGCUUCCUUUGCCGCUGCGCGCGGUGUGAAGGACCGGACCUCGGCCGAACUCUGCGCUGCCCGCGCUGCAGCUCCCAGCGCUGCGAGCCCAUCUACGAAGAGCAGGACGAGAGCCGGCUGAGCUCAGCGUUUGCGCGCUCGGCGGCGGUGGUUGAUGCCUCACGCUGGAGGUGUGGAGCGUGCGGAGCCGUUGUUGCAGCUGCGGAGCUGCCUUUGGAAGCUGAAGAGGAGCUUGCCAGCCUUGUGCCACGGUAUAUGCAAGGCCCUCCCCGGAUGGCCGCUGAAGAUGCCGAAAGCCUUUGGCAGCUUCGGGAAAAGGCGGCUGCUGUGCUAGGCGAAGGCCAUUGGACGUGGUUCCUGGCAACCUUCGCCUGGCUUCAGAAGUGCCUCGUGCGCCUGAAGACGGAGACUGUGGUGCCCUUCGGGGAGGCCGAUCUCCGUGCCGCCUCGGCAGCCGCCGAAAAAUGGCUUCAGAGCCGCGCCACGAUGUGCAUCGAGCAGCGGCUCUGCGCACUUUUCCUAGCUGCACGCCUGGCGCUCCAGUACGGAGAAGGAGUGCGCAAGUGGGGAUACGAUCCGGCAAACCCUCUCGGUGGGGAGCUGGAGGCCACCUGGCGGCUGGAAGUUCUGGGCUGGGAGCUCCAUGAGGAUGCCACUUCUGGGCCACCGGAGCCGGGCCCAUCGCAGGAGCAGCUGCGUGAGCUGUGUCGCCGUAUGCCGGACGGUGACUUGCCGGCACCCUCGACGCCACGCCGCCUGGCCCGGGGGGCGGAGGACGACAGCCCAGAGCGAACACCCGGCCCUGGCGAAGGAAGUCCAAUCGACGCCCCCGACGCAGAUCUCCUCCUCGAGGCGUCUGCUCGUUCGAACCGGCGUGCAGCUGCUUUACGAGGCGUGCUGGAGGGAUUGAGGAUCUCGCGUAUACCCCCACCUCUACCUGGCCACAUGAGGCGGCAGAGUGCUUGGGGUUCCCCUGGCUCGGAGCAGGUCCUCCCAGAGUCGCCGUCGGCAUCGGAAGGCGCGGAGCGAGAGCGAGCUUCCCCUCCGACCGACUCCACUCGCCACGAGGAGCCGCGGCGCGCACCACCGCAGAUGCCAGCACCCAGAGGAGUACCUGCAGGCGAUUUCGGACCAGCCUCCCUCCUCUUCAACGAGGAGGAGGCUCCAGAGCCGGGCCAGGCCUCGUUCGCCCGGACGGUGGAAGCAUUCCAGCUUGAAGCACAAGAGGCGCGGGAUGCCCUUGGCCGGAGCGAGGCGGAGCGGUCACUUCAAGAAGGACAAGCGGCGAAGCGUGAGGCAGACCUGCGACAUGAGAUUAUCGACCUCCGGUCGGCUCAGUCCCGGGAGCGCGAACGGCUUCGGAGCGAGGCGAAACGUUUGCAGGCAUCGCUCAAGGAUGCCCACGUCCGGCUGAAGGCGGAGUCAGAGGCGAGAGCGGCUGCGACAUCGCAGGUGGAUGUCCUGCGUCAGCAGCUGACAGCGGCAAGGACGGAGUCGCAGCGGAAGGCCAAGGAGAUUCAGGAGGUCUCAAUUGACCACACGCCGGGAAACUUUGGACAUGUCAGCACGUCGAAGGAGGAUUGGAGAUGCCUCUUGGGCGCAGUGAUGUGUUUCGUCAUUGCGGUGUUUGGCUUUGUGGCUUCCGUGCGAGGAACUUUGCAGAUUGCAUUGCGCUUUCUCUGCAUCGUGGAUCGGAGGGAGGCGCCGCAGAUGACAAAGUUCAGAAAUUUCGGGCUAGACGCAGGUCUUAGUGGUGCCUUCAACGACUUCUGUUGGAAGGUGAAUCAGGCACUGGCCCCUCGGGGCCUAGAGCCCCCGUCCUCCCUCAGCAGCCGUGCCGAUGCCAUGGUUCCCAUGAGGACGCGAUGGGUUGUCCACCUCGACCUCGUCUGCACGGAGGAGCUGUUCAGGACGAUAACGACACCGAGGAUGCUGAAGCGAUUGAUACAGCAGCGAAGUACAAAAAACCAUGGAAGCAAACAGGAACCCUUGAAGCAGGAUUCCGAGGCAGCUAUGCAACGCAUCACCGAGGAUGCGGACAUCGAUGUCUUUGAUGAACUGACGAAGGUUCUUGAGCGAGAGCGAAAGCGGCCAGACAAAGCGGCGAAGCCCGUUGACAAGCCCAAGGUCAAUCAGGCUACGCGCUGGACGCACCCUUUGACCACAGACAUCGCUCUGGCUAAAGGGUCGGAUGAGAACGUCAAGCACUUGGAAAACAGACGUGGCGAGGCCCCGCUCCGUGAGACGAAGCAGGUGGUGCUUUCGGCACAGGUUCGCGACAAAUUCGUGUCCACGGCCAUCGGCAACAAGACGAGCAACCGGGGCGGAUAUAUGAUUCGACUGACGGCCCUGGGCAGCUUCCAGGGUUGCAGCUGGGAUCAAUGGAAUACGACCGUUGACGACCCCAGUGCCAACGCAAGACGAUGGUGCCAGGAGCUCCAGCCGGACACCGCCAAGCUACUUGGGGACACCUGGAGCUUCAAAAUGCAGGGCAAUGAUCUUUCCGGUGUUUCCGAGGAGACGAUUGCUCGACUCGAAAUCGCUUGGCUGCCAUGGCAAGAGAAUGAGACUUGGACUCAGUAUGCUGAAAGGGCAAGACGGCAGGAAAGUCAGGGGUUGUGGCCGGCAGGCACCAGCUCGGGCUCCGUGUUGCUUCCGGUCAGCGUUGUGGACCAUGGACCGCGUGCCAAAGCAAUGCGACCCGGGCGACGGGUUGCAGAGUUGCAGGUGUUGGCGCAGAUGGAGUUCCAAGAUGUCGUUGUUGAGGAAAAAGUCUGGGCUCGUCCAGGCUCCGUGUGGAAGUUCAAGGCUACGCGUCCGGACAACAGGACCUUUGUGUCGGCCUUCGUGCAGUCAGAAGUGGGCACUCGUGAGUUGCAUGCUACCAAAGCGGUUACCAGACAACGCCAGCACGCCCAAGCAUGGCAGCUCCCUCGCGAGCAGAAGGCGGCCACGCCUAAAGUUGCAGCUAAGCGCCCCGCCGUCGACAACGAGACUGCGGACCACGACGAUCCUACAGACGACCUUGAGGUGGACCAUGAGCACAAGCGCGUCCCUAACACCGGAAAGGGAGAUUGCUUGUUGGAGGCCCUGGCAGGCUCAUUCUCCCAGCUGGCUCCGCGAGCUAAGGGAUACUCAGGACGCAAACUUCGCCAGUUUGUUGCAGCUUUUCUGGACAAGCACGAAGAGGAGUACUCAAUCCUGUGGGACGGCCUGGCCCUGGGAAAGAUGCUGGCCCCAUCGACGACUUUGAGACCUGCCUCUCUUUGA